UCGACGCGCGAUUGUUUUCACACGGUCCGCUCGCGCGAAUGGACAGUGUGUCCCCCAGCUGAUCCAUCCCGACUAGUGAAGGCGGCGUCUCUCUGACUGUUCCCUGGACGAAACAACAGUUCCCUGGGUUUUUUCUUCGGCUCGUCGCAGCUGAACCGACACCGGCCGCCAUUUGUGUUUGAACGGACCAUGAGCAAAGACUCACAGAUGAGGGCUGCGAUCAACCAGAAGCUGAUAGAGAUGGGGGAGCGGGAGCGGUUGAAAGAGUUGCUCAGGGCCAAGCUGGUGGAGUGUGGAUGGAAGGAUCAGCUGAAGGCUCAAUGCAAAGAUGUGAUCAGAGAAAAGGGCCUGGAGCAUGUGACAGUGGAGGACCUGGUCACAGAAGUCACACCAAAAGGAAGAGCUCUUGUACCGGACAGCGUGAAGAAAGAGCUCCUGCAGAGAAUCCGAGCUUUUCUGGCUCAACACGCAACCUUGUGAAUGAGACGACGAGACAUUUUUUUACUCACUGUAAAUCCACAAGUCAGACUGUUUGUUCUCAUUGUGAGCAUUGCUGAGGUGUUGUUUUUAUUUUGUAUUGUGUGUUUUCAUAUUGAUUUUAGUUUGUUAUGCAGCAGUUUUGGAAAAAUGAAAAUAAAGUCAUGCCUAUUUUAGUCA